UUCAUUUUUUAACAGUUUUCUAAAAAAAAUUAUUCUGAAAUAUGGUUAAUCAGAAGUUUUUAUCUGUCAGGACGACUUCGGAUUAACGGUGUAUAAAUGGUUUUAAAAAGUCGAGUGAGAACAUUUCAGAAACAACAUGUUCUAUGGUUAUUUGUCGUUCAGCUGCUUAACGAGAAUACUGCGUAAUUUUCAAAAAUUAAGCUUUAUGGGGUUGCCAUCUUCAAGAGGGUUUACCCGAAAGGAAGAACUACAAUAACUAAAUUCCAUAACUGUUGACAGUUGAAAUGAACCAGGAACAUUGAAAACACAUCACGUACAUGCGAGAGGUUAGAACAAAGUACAAUCAGAAGCAAAUUUUUUAUGACACUUAAUUGUUUUAUAAUUAUUACUCGAGUACCUUGAAGUGUGCAAGAUGCACAUUUUGCGAUCUCAUCCUCAUCCUCAUUUAAACAAUUUAAUUUUUAACGGACAGACGCCUAUUUUUAUCCAUUCGUAAGUGAAUAAAAGAUAUAUCAAUAAAGCCGUUAACGUAUGGGCUUUAUAGGAAGUUAAAUCUGUUUUAAUUGGUUGGUGUUAUUACUGAAACGGAGGAGUGAGCUGUUGACAAAUAUAAUUAUUAUUUUGGACUCAGUUUAUUGGAACAUAUGAGGAUGGUCGUCAGCGUGUGGUUCUCCGUCACCAGCUUGGUUUGGGCCGUGCUGGCGUGCGCCAGAUAUGUCCAAUCAAAGAAUAAUGGCGAUAUUUAUUCUUUGUUGAUCGGAGACAAUGGAACGGUUUAUGUGGGAGAAGAUAACGCCCUCGUGCAGUAUGGGAACCGAACUGUUACAAAGGAAAGCAUCGUGGCAUGGGUCAAUAUUACAUGCGGUGAUAGGCUCCCCAGCUUUCCUUCCAUAUUUGACUUCGUUACCAUUAGCGACGUGACUUAUUUACUAGAAUGUGGUUCAGGUUACAACCAAACAUGUGUUCUAAGAAAUCUAGCAAACAUUUCAUAUGUCUCCAAACUUUAUGAUGUUAAUAAUGAUAAGUCAAACUAUUUUGGCAGCCCGAUUCCGUCAAUUGUAGUAAGUCGGCCUAUUCAGGAUUACGUGGAAAUAUUUUCAGCGAUUUCAUUUGACGUCUCAUACCCAUCUUCCUUUUAUGCAUUAUCGAAAAGAAUUAUUCAAGAUGAUCAAUUUAGCAUUCACUACGACGAACCCAUGAACCACAGAGAAUUUUACAUCAAACCGAAACCUGGCUUUUCUUUGACUUUUAUUCAUGGGUUCUAUUCUGACAACCACAAUUACGUGUACUUUAUGAACAAUCGGCGGUCCCCUCGCGGCGGCGACUACAGUGCAUAUAUCAGCCAGAUGUGCGCUGACGACUCGUACUUCUGGUCUUAUAUCGAGGCACAGUUGGAAUGCAACGGCUAUACCAACCUGACGUCAGCAGUCAACAUAAAAACCACAGAUGGACAUUUUCUCCUGGCGGCGUUCGACGGUGACGACCGCCAUCUAGGGUCUGUGUUAUGCAUGUACAUCGUCUCUAAUAUAAACGCGUUUUUCGAGGAACAACAUAGGAAAUGCUUCCGGGAUGCAGUUGGUUCCACGCCAGACUGGAUACAGGGCACAGAGGAGGCUUGUACAGAGAAAUUGACUGUCAACGGAAUCAAAUGCGGCUUGUCGGGGAACAACUCACGUAUCCUGGCUUCCGUCGCACUAGAGACGGACCGUCUGCUCCUUGCACGCACUGCAACCAUCUCUUCCGUUUCUAUGACAGCACAGGAACCGCACUCCGACAUUAUGGUGGUGUUCGGAACAACAUCAGGCGAAAUAGAAAUGUUAUUAUUUAACGAAUACUUUAACCGGUCCCGGCCUGUGUAUAAGACGGCGGUGACGCCAACAGAGAUCCGUGGACUGACUCUAUCGCCAGGAAAUGACAUCCUCUACUUUUAUCAGGAGACCAAGGUUACCACGCUGUUUUUGGACGACUGUUCCGUGCAAACUGAAUGCCGGACAUGUGUGACGUACAACCUGGCACGUGAAAGCUGCGCAUGGCUGACGGGCACGGACAUUCCUGGUCGCUGUGUGAGCCGGUCUGCUGUUAAAGGGAGUGAGGCCCAAGUUUUCGAAUAUCACUGUCCCCCUGUUACGUUAAAUUUGUCUCCGGCCAGAGGUCCGCUAGAGGGCGGGACGCGGCUUACCAUUCAAGGGCAGUUUGGAGACAAUGACACGGCCAUAUGCGUCUACAUCGGCAAGGAAAUCUGUCCACUCAAAGAGUUCUCACACCAACGACUUAUGUGCAUCACCCCGGAAGUUUCUUGGGCGGCCAACAUGUCAGUCAGUGUCCAUGUAAGUCACCCGGAGAUGCAAAUCAAGGAUCGAUUCCGGCUAGCGCCGGUUUAUGGAAAACCAUUGGAGCCGGCGGUCAUAUUUCAAUAUGUGGCUCCUUCAUUGGACCCCGACCAACGACCACAUGUUCGGAUGUCCGGUGACACACAGCUCACCUUGAGCGGCCGCUUCUUGGAUGCGGGGUCCGUGCGCUCCGUUCACAUUGGCGGUCACACUUGUAUCAUCGGAGACCAAGAUGUCGCGACUCCAGACAUUCUGAAGUGCCGGACACCUGGACAGGCCACCCUGGGGGAGCACAACCUCACGGUGACGUUUGACCGCAUGAACUUGACCGGUCCGCCCGUUACCUACAUCCCCAACCCCGUCAUCGCAGAAAUACACCCAACUGUUUCAAUUGCUAGCGGGGGUAUCCUGGUAACGGUCAGCGGACAGUGGUUGGCAGGACUAGGUGCUGGACUCGGUCUGGUUGUCAAUGCCGAAAGCGGCCAAAUAUUGACGACGAACGGAAAGUGUGCACAUAAGGAUGAUGUGUUGGUAUGCCACACCGGAAGUGCCGCUGUAGACCGACUUCCGGCAACAGCAAUCGCGGUUUUGAUGAACCCGUAUGCCGCCGAAAACAAUUUAAGCGUCAUAACCAUCCGGAAUGACCCGGAACUUGGUCAUGUGAACUAUACACUUUCCAUAAUGAAGGAUACCGAUAUUGAAAUAAAAGGUAAAGGAAUUACGGGUAUUCCGCGAGAAAACUUCCACUUCCGGGCCGGUCUGUCGGCGAUUUGCACCGUCACUCAUAGGACAGGUGCUGCUGUGUGGUGCAGGGUUAAGCACAAAGAUGUCCAGACAAGCAAAGGCCUGAUACUGCCUUUCAAGGGCACAGUGGGUAACAGACAGUAUGAGCUUGGGACGGUACGAGUGGAGCCGCUUGCGUCAAACUUCGACACUUAUCUCGUCAUCGCCGGCUGCUCCCUCGGCAGUUUCAUCAUUGUGGUCGCCAUCAUCUGCCUCGCCACCAAAUGCUACACGCCCAAUAAGAAUGUUACGUACGAGCCUUACCGGGUGAGUUACCGAAGGGGGACGGCCGGAAUCAUGGACCUGGAGGGACUGUCUGAAAACCAAACAUCCGAGACUGCGCAGAACAGGCAGAACGAUUACCAGAGACGUGUCGGAGAGCUACUUGGGGCGGACGGAGGCGCCUCCAAAGACACUACGCCGUUACUGCAAGUCUUUGAUGACGUAACGUUGGCGACCCUCCUAGAGAAGGGCUUGCUGAUUGAUAGCGACCGCCUCGUGCUGGGGGAGAUGGUGGGGCAAGGAAAUUUUGGUCGAGUGUUCAGAGGGUACCUGCGUACAGUUGGAGAUAAGGAAGACAUGACGGUGGCGGCCAAGACUAUGCACAGAAAUAACCCACAGGACCUGGACGUGCAGAUGUUUGUGAAGGAGGCGCUGAUCAUGAAGGACUUCCAGCACAAGAACGUGAUGACGCUCAUUGGGAUCUGUUUUGGCAUUGAGUGUCUCCCUCUGGUCGUGCUUCCCUUCCUGGAGAACGGCGACCUCCUAAGCUACAUCCGGGACGUCAACAGGGAGCCUACAGUCCGGGAUCUGACGGUGUUUAGUGUUGAUAUUGUGAGCGGAAUGGAGUAUCUGGCUGACCUCAAGUUCGUGCAUAGGGACCUUGCUGCGAGGAAUUGCAUGGUCGGGGACGACAUGACGGUGCGGGUGUCCGACUUCGGCCUGUCACGCGACGUGUACGAGAAGGAAUACUACAGUGCACGUGACAAGACAACUAAACUUCCGGUCAAGUGGAUGAGCCCGGAGAGCCUCGAAUUCGGACAUUUCAGCUCCAAGUCAGACGUGUGGUCGUUCGGUGUGACACUGUGGGAGCUGUUGACGCGCGGGAUGUGCCCGUAUUCUGCCGUCGACAAUUGGGACAUGAUGCGAUUCAUCAAGGAUGGACGCCGCCUCGAGAAGCCGGACUUUUGCCCGGAGGAAAUGUACCAGAUCAUGUUGCGGUGCUGGUCUUGGGAACCAGAGGCACGCCCUACAUUCGCGGAGCUUGCAACAAACAUCCCUGAACUCCUCCGUCGCCUGGAGAGGGCUUCAGAGAAGCGCCGUAGACUGGAGACCAGCCGCGAGUGAGGCCCAACACUUCAUCUUCAUAGCCAACCGCGAGUGAGGCCCAACACUUCAUCUUCAUAGCCAACCGCGAUUGAGGCCCAACACUGCAGUGGCGACUAGUUAAAGCACUUAUGAAACAUACAUGUAAAUAAUGUUUGAUAGGCGUAAAUGCCGACGUGACUAUUGGUUUUGGUGUCAUUGUGUCGGUUUUUAAUUCAGUUUCAAUCCACUGUAUUUAUCUAAAACACUGCAUGAUCUCAAUAAUGCUGCGCUUCACGACAUAUUCUGAAUGGGCUGUAAUAGUAUCAAAAUUCCCUAUAGCAGACGUUAAUACUUUGAUAAAUUCAACUGAUUUUUCCCGAACUAAUGUGACUUUUUGUACGAGUUACAGAAGUAAGUAGCUGUAACCUUUUUUGAACACAUGGAAUUUAAUGUUAGUAUCAUGUCACGUGCAGUCCUUCAAAAUCAAAAGGCAGUUAUAAUCUUGAAUAUGGGCAUUAAGGCAUGGGUAUAUUUUUAUUUUCAUAAUCAUCGUGUACAUAUGUUUAUUUUUGAGGCGAUUGUAGAUACAUUUUUCAAAUUAUACUUAAAAAAACAUUUUUGGACAUUAGCAGCUAGAUGUAUAUAUUAAUGACUUUCAGAAAGCUCUUAACAAAUUAGCUAUUUAUUUUAGAGAGUUUUUAACUUACAAAACUAUCCUUUAAAAAUCGAAAUCAAAUGGUCGAAACAACCGAGAGCUUUUGAAUUUAAAUAUCUGGCACGCUACAAGCAUACUACAUUCACUAUGGUCUGAACGAUGAAGAAAACACAUGUGUUGAAACGCAUAUCUAGAUACAGGUAGUUAACAACUAUAACAGACUGUACCCUCGUCUUCGGAGUCAGUAGGAACAUUGUGUUUAGGGGCCUUGCUGACUGACAGUCAGUAGGAACAUUGUGUUUAGGGGCCUUGCUGACUGACAGUCAGUAGGAACAUUGUGUUUAGGGGCCUUGCUGACUGACAGUCAGUAGGAACAUUGUGUUUAGGGGCCUUGCUGACUGACAGUCAGUAGGAACAUUGUGUUUAUGGGCCUUGCUGACUGACAGUCAGUAGGAACAUUGUGUUUAGGAGCCUUGCUGACUGCCAGUCAGUAGGAACAUUGUGUUUAGGGGCCUUGCUGACUAACAGUCAGUAGGAACAUUGUGUUAAGGGGCCUUGCUGACUGACAAAGGGAAUACUGGCUGAACUCCUCUAGGAUUAUUUCCCUUUCACAAAGACAUAUGAGGUCUGUUUUAUUCAGAACCUAUAUUGGAAGAUGAAAUAAACAGCUAAUAAACACUUGAA